GAGGAAAAAGACAAGACAAGGGGACCCAGAUUAAGAAGGAAGAUGGCUGAGCCGGAGCUGAAGUCACGGAGCAGCCGGGAGAGCGUUGCCAAGGCAGCAAGCCAGGAGAAGAUUGGAGGAAACCAAGAUGGUCUGAUUCUAGAGCAGCCAGCGUCUCCAUCUACCCUCAUGGUCCCUGCUCCCACUGCCACAAGCCCGACCGACCUGCCCGCCAAAGGGGAGAAGAUCGUGCUCAAACGCAGCAUCACCCUCUUCAAUGGAGUGGGAAUGAUCAUCGGCACCAUCAUUGGCUCUGGCAUUUUCGUCACUCCAACAGGCGUGGUCAAAGAGACCGGUUCAGCCGGGCUCUCCCUGAUCAUCUGGUCCGCCUGUGGAGUGAUCUCGACCAUGGGCGCCCUGUGCUACGCUGAGCUUGGCACAACCAUCACCAAGUCGGGGGGCGACUACACUUACAUCCUGGUGGUGUAUGGCGAGCUGGCGGCUUUCCUGAAGCUGUGGGUGGAGAUGCUCAUCAUCCGGCCGUCGUCACAGUACGUGGUGUCGCUGGUGUUCGCCACCUACCUUCUGAAACCCCUGUACCCAAACUGCCCCGUGCCCGACAGCGCAGCCAAAGUUAUUGCCUGCAUGUGUCUAACCUCCCUGACGUUUGUAAACUGCAUCAGUGUGAGAGCGGCCACCAAGGUGCAGGACUUGUUCACAGUCUCCAAACUAGUAGCCCUGCUCAUCAUCAUCAUCUUUGGCUUCAUCCAGAUUUCCACAGGUGAUGUGCCGUACCUGAAACCAGACAAAGCAUUUGAAGGCAGCAAACUGGGAGUGGACAAUAUUGUCUUGGCUCUGUACAGUGGACUCUUUGCUUUCGGAGGCUGGAAUUAUCUGAAUUACGUGACCGAGGAGAUGAUCGAUCCUGAGAGGAACCUGCCCUUGGCCAUCAUCAUAUCCAUGCCUAUAGUAACGGUGGUGUACGUGUUGACCAACCUGGCCUACUUCACCACCAUCUCUCCUGAAGUCAUGGUCGAGUCUGAGGCUGUUGCCAUGAGUUUUGGAGAGUACCAUCUCGGUGUGAUGGCCUGGUUGAUCCCGGUCUUUGUGGGACUGUCCUGCUUUGGAGCCGUCAAUGGAUCCCUGUUCACGUCAGCAAGGUUGUUUUAUGCUGGAGCUCGAGAGGGUCAACUCCCUGCUGCUCUGGGUUUGGUGCACACAGACCUCUUCACACCAGUGCCGUCUCUCAUCUUCACAUGUUUGCUGUCCAUGAUGUACACCAUAUCGCAGGACAUCUUCUCUGUCAUCAACCUCUUCAGCUUCUUCACCUGGCUGUGUGUUGGCAUGGCCAUUGCCGGCAUGAUCUGGCUGCGCUUCACCAAGCCCGACCUCAGAAGGCCCAUUAAGGUGUAUCUGGUCAUCCCUGUGACCUUUGUGUUGGGCUGUGUCUUCAUGAUCGUCGUCUCCUUCUGGGCAGCUCCGUUUGAGUGCCUGGUAGGCUGCAGCAUUAUUCUCACAGGCAUCCCGGUGUACUUCCUGGGCUACAAGUGGAAGAAACCGCAUGCGGUCCAGAAGAUACUGAAUCACUUCACCGUGUUCUGUCAAAAGAUCUUCAUGUCUGUUCCUGAGGAGAGGGGGCCAUGCGAGGCGGAUGAAUAACACUGGACACACUGAACUACAUGAUGGACUGUCACAACAUUUUUGUCUGAAUACAGGACUGUCUCAGAAAAUUAGAAUAUUGUGAUGAAGUUCUUUAUUUUCUGUAAUGCAAUUAAAAAAACAAAAAUGUCAUGCAUUCUGGAUUCAUUACAAAUCAACUGAAAUAUUGCAAGCCUUUUAUUCUUUUAAUAUUGCUGAUUAUGGCUUACAGCUUAAGAAAACUCUAAAAUCCUAUCUCAUAAAAUUUUAAGAUUUCCUCAGACCAAGUAAAAAAAAAGAUUUAUAAUAGCUGAGUGUUUGUCAAGGCUCAGGAAACCCUUGCAGGUGUUUCGAGUUAAUUAGACAAUUCAAGUGAUUUGUUUAAUACCCUACUAGUAUACUUUUUCAUGAUAUUCUAAUAUUUAGAGAUAGGAUAUUUGAGUUUUCUUAAGCUGUAAGCCAUAAUCAGCAAUAUUAAAAGAAUAAAAGGCUUGCAAUAUUUCAGUUGAUUUGUAAUGAAUCCAGAAUGCAUGACAUUUUUGUUUUUUUAAUUGCAUUGCAGAAAAUAAAGAACUUCAUCACAAUAUUCUAAUUUUCUGAGACAGUCCUGUAUAUGUCUACGUUCAUUCACUUGUGAUUUGGCUCAAGCUAUUUAUUUUAACACUUUAACGAACCAGGCAUAUAACUGCGUAACAAAUUGAAAUUGAUGAGGGCGGCUAGUCAAUCUUGGUACAGGAGGGUUUAAGUAUGAUCUUGUGUCGCCUAAAAAGUAUGAAGGCAUACAGUAUCUUGUGAACACUACAGAUGUUCUACAUUUGACAAGUACAUCUCCUUUAAUCUGAGAACAUGCUUACAUGUUGCAUGUUAGUGAGUUAAAGGAGAGCCAUGAUCUUAAAGGGUGAAUCAUUAUGUGCUAGAAGCUGCAUUCAGAUACACUUGUGGCCUAACACACAAGUGUAUUGUUCAGCUAACGCGUCCCGAUAAGUAGCUUAGUGAGACAUUCGAUAACUACAAACCACAAAUGAAUAUAGUUCCCGUUUUCUUGAAUAUGAACGCUACUGAACUGUGAAAUAAAAACUGAGAACUUACUGCAUCAGUUAAUGAUGUUUGGACUCAUUUGAAGUAAACGACACAGUAAACAGUGUAUAAAGAAGGCCAAGGUUGGAGGAGGCAAUGGUUGGAAAGCACAAGCUAAAGUGAGAUGAAGGAGAGUGUCAUAUUUCUUGAAGAUGUUUUGCUGUGAAGCAGGUCUGUUUCUUGUAUCAUUUUAUUCUCACAUCAAACCAUGUCAGUCGUGCAGUGCUCCAUAUGUGAUGGUAUUUGAUGAAAUGACAGUGGAUAUCAGCAGCUGUUUGUGAGGUAUUAUUAUAAGAAACUGAAGACCUGCAUAGAUGUCCUUUUGGUUGUAUUUAGAAAACUCCAUUGCAGUGUUAGUGUGUGUGUGUGUGUGUGUGUUGUUUGUAUAUAUGAUCUUUGCCAGCAAUUGUAGUACUGUUAUUCUUUUUUACAUUGUUGUUGUAUUGUCACUAUAAGACCAGAAUGAAUGUGGCACCAGCUUUGCUUUUAUAUUUUACCUAUAAAAUCUUUUUUUUUAAACUGAAUAUCUGAGGUUUUUCUAAAGUUAUUGAAAGAACAUUGUCAAUCUACUCAAGAUCCCAGAGGAAAACUAGUCUCAGAUGGAAAGGAAGGAGGGUGGAGGUUAUUAUUUGUUGCAAAAGGUUUCUGAAAUGUGCACAGAAAAAUCAGACACACACUUUUGCAGGACACUGUCAAAUCAAAUAGAUGAGCUGAAAUUGGAUAUUAUUUCAUAUUGGUUGAAGACAUCAAAAGAAAUGCAUUUAAUAUUUUCCAACAUAAAUGAAUGCAAAGCUUUCAGAAUUUCAAACGGCAGCAGAAUGAGGGAAAGGCUGAAAGUCGUAACAUAAUUUUUCCAGCGAGAUAUGAAAGUCGCUAUUUCUCUUUUGUGAAACAAGCGUUCUACAACCGUCAUAUUAUUUAUGGAAGUUGGACCAAGUUCUCACAACAAACUAGACAACAAUUAACGUUUAAAAUUACAGCAGUGGAAAUAAAUCUUACCUGUAAGUGUAGUGGGAAAUUGUAUUGAACCUUCCAAUGACAAUAACUCCCAUAAGGGCGUCUAAUAUCCACUGGAUUGAAAGAAAAGCCGUUGUGAAAGUUUAAUACACAUUUUGAUACCUACUGCACCUAUUCUACAACAUGAUUUAUUAAAAUAUAAAUGUCAUGAAAAAGUGCAACUUUUAUGCAGUUAUUUGCCUUAUUGGGUUAUUUGUGUAUAUUAUCAGAUAAAAUAAUUGUGUUCAUUUCCCAUAGUAAACAUUGAAGUAUUUGACUUAUUAAUUCAAAAGCCAGAUAGAUACAAGCAUAACAAUUGGGAAAGAAAGGGUACUGAUUACAUUCAAACACAGGUACAUCAUACAUCUCAUGUUAUGCAUAACAUACCGUAACUCUGUGUACAAAGUGCUCCUGUGUGUAUGAAUUGAUAAGAACUAUAUGUCGAAUUAAAGUGUUGUGGAGAAAAAACUAGAAUAGAGUAUUUAAAAUAUUUUUAAUUGAAGGUACCUUUGUCAAUUGUUGUAACUGUUGUAUUUCGCUGCCCAUGGUGGGUUCACCUAACAAUAAACAUAUUUUUGUUUAAAGUUGG